AGGGUCAGAUGGCACCACCUUGUAAGUUGUAAAGCAGUUGUUGUGGACUAAGUCUCGGUUAGACUUAGUAUUCAGUAGCAGUAGCGAUCGACCUGCGGUAUAUAUCUACCCUUAGAAAGCCUUUUCAUUGACGAAACAUUGUGCCAGUGAUUUCAAGGGAAUAAAUAACAGUUGCUCAACAUAGUACAAAAGAGGAAACUUUUUCUAGUCAAAUAUUUUUAUCAUGGCAUGUUGAAGAGGACAAGAUGAAUGUGUGGCAGCUUUGAACUCUCAAGAAAUAACUAGUCAAGAGAAAAGGAAAAUCUGUAGGACAACAACUGAAAGAUGCAAGCUUUUAGGGCAUUACGAGCCUCUGUGGCAAAGAGACCUGUUGUAGGGAAUGUUGUCGUUUAUGGAACACUGUAUACUGGAGCUGAGUUCUUCCAGCAAACGAUGAACAAUAGAGUUAUGAUUCCUAAAGGCUCCACUCCACAACCUUACGACACGGGAACACUUGCUCGUUAUGGCGUCAUGGGAACCUGUGUCUUCCCUCAUAUCCUCUACCAUGCGUACAAAUUCCUAGAUUCUAAAUUUGUUGGAACUGCAAUGAAAGUUGUUGUGCCAAAGAUAGCGUGCGAUGCGCUGAUCAUAACUCCAGUGAACCUUACAAUUUUUUAUGUGGGUAUGAGUGCCAUGGAAGGAAAGGAAGACUUGUUGGACGAAUGGAGGAAGAAGAUAGUACCAACAUUCUUGACUGCAAGUGUCUUUUGGGUCCCAUCUGCCUUGAUUAACUUCAGGUUUCUACCACCGCAGGCAAGGGUAGUCUUUGUUGGUGCUUGCCAAGUCAUCUGGGUAUCUAUCCUUUGCUGGUUCAAAAGGCAAGAAUAUUAAAUAUAGGGAUUCUGUAAGUUAUGCUUCAGGUAUAGGUAUUGUAGAUGUUCUCUAUAAUUGCAAUGGUGCAAAUGUUAUGCUUAACUUGAGAUUUUCAGUACAGUAUAUUACUGAUGUAUGAGCUUUUAACAAUGAAGUUAUGUAGUUUAUUGUAACACAUGCUGUACCUUAGUAGCAUACUGGGUACAUGAAAUGUAGUGCUAAACCUGAAAUGUUUUCAUUUUACAACAGUAUUACAGUUGUUUUUACAGUACAACAUCUUAGGAGUUCAAAAAUGUGAUGUACAACAUUUUCUCAGCACCACACCUGUAGAGAUUGUUAUUCCAAGUUUCUUUUAAAUAAUUGUUAAGUCGAAUGAUACUUUUAUAUGAAUUGAGUAUUUAUAGAAAACUUGACUUGCAGUUUUAAUGAUACAAUUCAUGACUGUAUCAGGUACCACCUAUACAAAUGAAAGAAAUUAAAAAUUUGUAAUUUUACCUAUUUUAAGUUACUUUGCAGUUUUGUAUGAAUUCAGUAGUAUAAUUUUUUGUAUUCUGGUAGGCAAAGCCAGAAUCUCUUUAGGUGUUACUUCCUACAAAUGUUUGUGUCAAGGUCCCUUGCUAGAUGUUGCUCAUUACAAUUUUGUGGAGGAAUAACAUUAAAGCAUAAUAUGCUUGACAAUAUUGACAUUCUAAUUAGCCAGACACUAUAUGGAUCUAGAAUAUUGUGGGGUAAUGAUGAUAAUAUGAGUAUCAAGCAAUCUUUAGGCUGGUACUGAUGUUUUCUUCCACCAGAACUAUGGAUAAGAUAUAAUAAAAACUGAGUUUUUCUUUUCAGAGCUGUGGCAGUUACUAAAGUUGUAGUAAUGCUAUUUAAAACACUUUCCCACAGAAGUGAAAGAUGCCGAUGUCAUUGACAGUUUCCUAUGUAAAUAUUAAGAGGUUGAACUAUAGUAAAUUCCACUAGGCUUUCCAUGACUACUUUAAUCUGGAAUUCUGUGAUUUGGCAUCUCCCAUGUUCUGGUACAUUUAAUCUGCCUCCAUUAGUUUGUGGAUUGACCAUCAGAAUGGCACUGUUAGUAUUGUUAAGGCAUUGGCAAUAGUUUACAUUGCAGGAGAGUGUUUUGCUGUUACAGAUGAGGUAAUUUCUUACAUAACCCUUCACGAUGUCAUCAGAGAGACCAAUAACAACAGAAUGAUAGUAAUAGCACUAAUAAAAGGAGCUAGAAAAUUGAGACAUUUCAUAAAAUGUAAAGGGUAAUUAGUAUCCUGAGUAAACACAGUGCCCUCAUUAAUUAGGGAAAACAGGUCAGUUGAAAAUAAGUUCAUAAGUUAUGUAUUUUAGCAUAUCUAAGUUGUAAUAAAAAAGUUAGGCUUUAUAUUUUUUAUGUUUGGAAGUAAAAGUUAAAAUUAAAAAAAUAUGCUUUUUAACACCAAUAGUAAACAAAAUUUUGCACAUACUAUGGUAAUUUAUGAAUAAAGCUAGUGGACCUUGCUUACUAGUGCAAAACUGAAAGUAGAAGUUUUGAUUAUGUAUAUGUUUAUGAUGUUUUUAAUUAUGAACUGUGAAUAGAUUAUAUACAUAUAUUUUUUUCCGUCUAAGUACCGUUUCCAUGUUAAAGUUUGUAUGAAUAGCUUUUUGGUUACAAUUUGUACAAAUAGCUUUUUGGUUUUAUGUAUGUUCUUGAUAGGAUGGUGUGUAAGUUAUCUGAAUCAGGUGAUUAGUGGUAAAGAAAAAAUCUUAUUAGUAUUUCAAGUAGUGAAGCUUUUCCAUUUUAUUUUACCUCUGUACACACGUAUGUAUAUGGUGUUUUAAAUUGCUUUUAUUUGAGGUUAUAUUUUGAAUGAAUUUUAAUGUUGAAAAUGUGUAUUCAUUCAAUAGUAAGCUAUAUAGAAUAUUAAAAGAGGUUACAUGGGGCAUUCCAUUAUGGGUCUUGAGAGUCAGUUUUUUUUUUCAUUCAGAAUUUUCUGUAGAGCAGCAGUAGCCAGGUCCCAUGGUUAUUGGAUUCAAGAGGUCUCUAUAUACUUUUAGGUAACUUAGCAAUUACCUAUUCUUUUAUAAGCAUUCCCUAUUUAGUUAUACACUUCGAGGUUUUAAGGAUAUGACAUCAUUUAGUUAACUUUUCCUGUAAAGAUUUUGCUGGUAAUCAUGACAUUAUUGCAUUGACUGUGUGAAAAGAAAAUUACAUCAGUGAACAUAUUUGCUUAAUCCCUGCCGGCUGCUCUACAGUAUGAACAAGAGUCUGUACCAGCACAUGGCUGGCUUAGUCUAACAAUGGCAAGGUAAAAAUGGCAUUUGAGUAUGAAUGCAUAUUGUCAUUUUUGUGUUCAUUCUCUGUAAUACAUCUGCAUACAGGCAGUCCCCCGUCAUCGGUGGACUUGGUUAAUGAUGAUCUGGUUUUAUGGAGCUUGUCUAGCGCCAUAAAAUUGGCAUUUAUGGCACCAUAACGCACCGAGUUCUGGUUAUCAGCACCACAAGGUGCCAGUAAUAGUGUUAUGGUGCCAUAACAUAACCUAAGGGAGGCACCAUUAACCGGAUAUUGGUGCCACAAAUCACUAAGUUCCGGUUAAUGAUGGUUUUUGCUUAUCAGCAGCACCCUGCCGAUACCUGGAGUCUGCCAGUAUCAUUGUUUGAUUUGUGACACAGAUCAAUUAAGGUCUGUGAAAACUUUAUAAAAGGUUGGUUAUACAAUCACAGUACGUACUGUGCAGUUUUGCAUAGUAUUACAGGGUACAGUAUCAUAAUAGAUUUUGUACUGAAAUGGUUGUUUUUAACAUUAUAUAGCUCAUGUAAUGUCAUUUUGCAUUUUUUAAUGAUACACUCCUCUUGCAUUAUAUCCGUAUAAUGAAAGACUUAUGGUAUCUAUGUUUUCCAUGAAGUAGCCUAAUUUUAUAGUAUAGUAUGUAUUUGUUCCUACUUUUUAUGUAAUAUCCUUACUGCAGGUAAUUUCCUUUGUUAAACUUUUAUUUCUUGUGCAGUAUUGAAAUGUGUUUCCAUUAAUGUUGUAUUUUCUAGGAAAAUGUUUAAUAUUUUGAAUAAUUUUAUUAUAAUUGAUAACAAUGUUGGGUGGGGGCUGGCUUGAACUACAUUGACAAUACUGUUGCCUAUUACAUGUAUUGUGUGAAUUGUGAUUGGUAGAGUGAUGCUUCCCUGUGUGUAGCAUAUACUAUUUGUUUUUGAAACAGGAAUGCUGGUUUUCUCUUUUUGAUUGAGUGACAUAUCAUUAUUAUUACUAACAUUUUCCAUUGAGAAUUUUCAAGUGAUUAGAGACAAUAUAAUCUCUUAAUUUUCUUAAACCUUCUAGUCAUUCCUAAGAGAGGUAAGAAUAUAUUUAUUAUUGCUAUUGAUUGAGAAUUUGGUGAGGAUUCCUUGUAGGAGACAGAUCUUUACAACAGCAUGGGGGCUAGUAGUGGUUGAUCCUAAGAGUAUAGUGCUUCCUUUUGUAGAGUGUAUUUGUUUGAUCUUUAGCAGUUUAGCUAUACUGUAUCUUCCACCUGUUUUUUGAUCAGUGGUCUUCCCGUAUUCGCGGGGAUUGCGUACCAGACCCCCCGUGAAUAGUUAGAACCCGCGAAUGUUUGGAACCCCUAUAAAAAUGCUAAAAACAGCCUAUUUUGUUAGUUAAAACUCAAGAAAAACCAACUAAAAAUUUUCAUACUUGGUUUUUUUAAUAGUUUUAUCACAAAAAGUGCAUUUUAUGAUGAAAUUGAUAAAAAAACCCCAGGAAUUUGUUGAUAUUUCUUGUAGAAAAAUAUCGCGAAUGUGCGAAUUUUCCGUGAAUAAUGCGGGGAAAUGUUCCCAAGAGAAAUCCGCGAAUGUGUGAGUCUGCGAAUCUGGAGAACGCGAAUACGGGGGGUCCACUGUAUAUCUUAUGACUCGGUGGAGGCAAGUUUUCUUUUAAGGUUGUGGAUGAAGUCUUCCUACUUUUAUAGCAGAGGAGGAUUCAUUCUUGUUUGUUUCCAUGGUGACUAUUUUGCACAUUAUUGUAAAGACAUAUAUUUUUGUGGUCAUCUUUGUGAUCUUGAAUGUUCUGAGAAUUUUAAGUAGGGAUACUGUAGUACUAUAUCAGGGAUAGUUUUUACAUUGUUCUGCUGGUAAAUUCCAAGUCUUUAUUGAGUAAAAUGUAAUUACAGUAUUAAGAACUGCUUUAUCUUGCUCAGACGUUCAGAAACUAUAGUGAGUCCCUGAGUUUUUCCAGGUAAGACAGUCCCUGGGUUACAACGGGUUUGGCUUACGGCGUUCUGAGGUUAAGGCGCUUUUCAAUUAUAUUUAUCAGAAAUUAUUUCCAUGGUUACGACACAUGUUCCAGGGUUACGACGCCUACAACGCUCAUCUGGCACAAGAAAUGACACCAAAAAUGCAAAAUAAUAUUUCAAGUUUUUUUUAAUGAAAAAUGCAAUAAGAAUGCAGUUUACAUAGUUUGCAAUGCACCCAAAGCAUCAAAAGUAAGGUUUUCUUAGGAUUUUUGAUGAUGUUCUGGCUUACGACGAUUUUUGGGUUAUAAUGUGUCUCAAGGAUGGAACCCCCGUCAUAACCCAGGGACUGCCUGUAGUACAUUGUUGUCAGGCUUAUCUCUAUUUCCGACAUAAGUUAAGGAACUUAUCCAUAAAAAUAAAGUAGUUAAUGAACAGCUAGAGACAACUUGAGAAAAGUCUGAAGGUCCUGACAGUUGAAGAUGUAUUUUGUCUGUUUCAUUCUGUUGCGAAGGUUAUGAAUGGCAUUUAAAUGAUUGUGGGAUACCAUAUGUCCAGAGGCUAAUUUCAGGUUGGAUGGAAAUUUCAAACUUUCCUCAUAGGGCUUCCAGUUCUUUUGCAGAUUCAUUAAAAUCAUGGCACUGCAUGCAGUUUUUUUUUUUUUUUUGCAAGGAGAAAUUAAAGUUCUCUGCUGUGCCUUUGAAGUUGUCGAA